AUGUACAAGGACCAGCAGCGCUCCAUGAUGUGGGAGACCACCGUGAGGAAGACCCAGCAGCAGCAGCAGCUCUCUGUGGGCCGCCGGCGCGGCUGCGGCAUCUUCCCGGCGACUUCCGUCGUCCCCUCGGCCGACGACGAUGACGGCUCAUCAGCCGCCUCCCCCACCGCCGCCGCCGACGAGCUCUCCGGCGGCGGUGGCGGCGGGGCGGCGGCGGAGGAGGAAACCUACCACGCGGAGCGCCUCCUCCCCAACGGCGACUUCUACACCGGCCUCUGGACCGGCAACCUGCCCCACGGCGGCGGCAAGUACCUCUGGACCGACGGCUGCAUGUACGAGGGCGAGUGGUCGCUAGGGAAGACGACGGGGAAGGGCAAGUUCUCCUGGCCCUCCGGCGCCACCUACGAGGGCGAGUUCAAGGCCGGCUUCAUGGAUGGCUUCGGUACCUACACCGGCGCCGCCGGCGACACCUACCGUGGCACCUGGUGCAUGAACCUCAAGCACGGCCGCGGCAGGAAAUGCUACGCCAACGGCGACAUCUACGACGGCGAGUGGCGCGCCGGCGUGCAGGACGGCCACGGCCGAUACGUUUGGAAGAACUGCAACGAGUACGCCGGCGCGUGGAAGGCCGGCGCCAUCCACGGCCGUGGGAAGCUCGCCUGGGCCAACGGGAACUGCUACGAUGGCGAGUGGGAGGACGGCGUGCCCUCCGGCAAGGGCCAGUUCCGGUGGGCCGACGGCAGCCGCUACGUCGGCGUGUGGAGCAGGGAGAGGACCGUGAAGAAGGGCGUCUUCUACCCCUCGCCGGCGGCGGCGGCGGCUGCGGCGGCAGCAGGGGAGGCGAUGGUGAGGGACCUGCAAGAGGCGGUGGCAGUCGAUCUCGGGGACUGUAAGAUCUGCCCCGGGGAGAGUGUCUCCAUCUUGCCGUCGCAGAAGACGCUCAACUGGUCGGGGAUCGAGGCGGAGUUCCUGCACAAGCAGGCGGCGUGGAGGUCAUCUAAGGCGGCGGAUUCGGGCGGCCCCGCCGCACGCCGGCGGGCCUCGGUGGAUGGCUUGAGGGGCGGUGGCAGGCGGAGCAGCAACAGCAACAGCUUCCACAACGCCUCCGGCGGCGGCGACCGGGGAUUGGACAAGUUUUGCGUGUGGGCGUCGGAGGGGGACAUCACCUGCGAGAUCGUCGACGGCGGCGGAGCCGCCUCUGCGGUGACUGCGGCGGGGGGAAGGGAAAGCAAUGCCGACGCCCCCGGAGAAGGAUCAGACGGGAAACAGAUGAAGUGGGCACCCAGAGAGACGAAGAAGCAGGGGGAGACCAUCUCCAAGGGCCACAAGAACUACGAGCUCAUGCUCAAUCUCCAGCUGGGCAUCAGGUACCUCCGCCGAUCAUCGAGGCUCUCGAUCUGCUUUCUGUUCAAGAACAAGUUUUUUUUGUUUUUUGCUAUUUAUGGUAAAAUUGAUCACUCUGCAACUCUGUCGGGUUGCAGGUACUCGGUGGGGAAGCCGGCGCCGGCUACGACCUUCGAUCUGAAGGCGUCGGCUUUUGACCCCAAGGAGAAAGUGUGGACCAAGUUCCCUCCGGAGGGGACCAAGCACACGCCGCCGCACCAGUCCUGCGAGUUCAAGUGGAAGGACUACUGCCCCGUGGUCUUCAGGUCAACUCCCCCGGGAUGACCGGAAUUGGAAAAAAACGAAUCUUUGAUGAUACUGGAAGUAGUCGGCGUUGACUCUCGGCUCGAUUGUUCUUCCCAGGACCCUGAGGAAGCUGUUCAAGAUUGACGCCGCCGACUACAUGAUCUCCAUUUGCGGGAAUGACGCCCUGAGGGAGCUCUCAUCACCGGGGAAGAGCGGGAGCUUCUUCUACCUGACCCACGACGAUCGUUACAUGAUAAAGACAGUGAAGAAGUCCGAGGUCAAGGUGGGCAUUGACAACUGUCUAGUUCGUUGACCUGGCUCUCUCUCUCUCUCUCUCUCUCUCUCUCUCUCUCUCUCUCUCUCUCUCUCUCUCUCUCUCUCUCUCUCUCCCUCUGUCUCUCUCUGUCUGUCUGUCUGUCUCUCUCUCUCUCUCUCUCUCUCCCUCCCUCCCUCUCUCUCUCUCUCUCUCUCUCUCUCUCUCUCUCUCUCUCUCUCUCUCUCUCUCUCUCUCUCUCUCUCUCUCUCUCUCUCUCUCUCUCUCUCUCUCUCUCUCUGUCUUAUCUUUCUCGCUCCAGGUCCUUCUGAGGAUGCUGCCGGCCUACUACAACCACGUUCGGGCAUUUGAGAACACCCUCGUCACCAAGUUCUUCGGCCUCCACUGCGUCAAGCUGACUGGCGCCACCCAGAAGAAGGUACACCGCCAUUUGACCGUCAUCAUCAUCAACAUCCUUUUAGUUUUUUUUUCUGCGGAGGAAAAACUCAGCAUAUUAAGCUAUGAACGGGAAAUCUGUUCUUCAUACGUAGCAGGUCCGAUUUGUCAUAAUGGGAAAUCUCUUCUGCUCCGAGUAUUCCAUCCAUAGACGAUUCGAUCUGAAGGGGUCCUCCCAUGGCCGGACGACCGACAAGCCGGAAGAUCAGAUCGACGAGACCACGACCCUCAAGGACCUCGAUCUCAACUUCUUGUUCCGUUUACAGAGAUCUUGGUUCCAAGAGUUCCAGAGGUAGCAUCAAAUUGCGAAUAAUAAGUUUUUAAUCCUGCAGAUUAAGUUUUUUUUUGAAAGCUCGCACGCUGUUGUUGCAGGCAGGUGGAUCGAGACUGUGAGUUCCUCGAGCAGGAGAGGAUCAUGGAUUACAGCCUCUUGGUGGGCUUACACUUUAGGGAGACUGCGACUACCCCUGGAGAUCACCAGGGAGGGGAAAGUCAGCCCUCUGGAUCUCUCUCCUCUUCCUGCUCUCGCUAAUCUGACCAAACUUUCUCUAACCCACGCGUCCACGCCCUGUUAUCUUCUCCAGCAGCAAUCUUCGACCGUGCAAGUAACUCGAGCGAAGCCACCCCUAGGCUCUCCAGAGUGGACAUGGAUCAGCUUCUCUGCGAUCCGACCAGGUUCACAGAAGUCAACCCGGAUGCUUCCUCUACUCAACUCUCUCCAGCAUCACCGGAUGCCCUGAUUCUCCUUUAACCAUGUCUGGGUCGUUGACCGGCAGGUGGGCGACCAUCCGGCUCGGGGUCAACAUGCCGGCGAGGGUGGAGCAGACGCAGCAGCAGAGGAGCGAGGGCGAGUCGCCCCCGCCGGUGGGGGAGACUUUUGACGUGGUGCUCUUCUUCGGCAUCAUCGACAUUCUGCAGGACUACGACAUCAGCAAGAAGCUGGAGCACGCGUACAAGUCAAUCCAGUACGACCCCACCUCGAUAUCCGCCGUUGACCCGAAGCAGUACUCGCGGCGGUUCCGGGACUUCAUCUUCAAGGUGUUCAGGGAAGACCCGUGA